AUAAUCUAGUGGACGGAACGCUUCUUUCAACAGCAGCAACAGUUAGUGAGACACCUUGGUAGCUUGCUAGACAAAAUAGCCGAACCAAUAAAGCUUUUUAGUGUAUAUUAGCCAAUGUGGUUUAUCCCACUCCUGUCGUCUAGUUAGUUAUCCGACUUAAUUUCUUAUUUACGUUGUUGUAGUUAUUAGUCAGCUAGCGGUUUUGGUUAAGUUAGCAUUAGCCUAGCUAGCUAACAUCCCCGACCAUGAGUUUACUAAGCUACUCUCCUCCUGCUAAAGAAGAGGAAGUCUGCUGGACGGAGAAAGAAGUUAUCGUCAAAGAGGAGGUGGAAGAGGAGGCUGUUACAAUACAAAAACAAGUAGAGGAUGAGGCUGUUACCGUGAAAGAAGAGAAAGACGUUUCAGUGAAAGAAGAGGAAGACGCGUUCAGAGAGGAAGAGGAUGCAGUUUUUGGAGUGAAAAGGGAGGAGGAAGAAGAGGAAGAAACUGGAUAUCUGGGCCCGGUUUCUCCAAAGCACCUUAAGGCAUCUAAUGAUGAACUUCGCUGUAAGAUGGUUUUGAGAAACCGUUCCCUGAUUAACACUAGAGAAGGAUGUGACUAUUGUGGAUCCUCUGGGGAGCCUCAACAACAUCAUGAAGCUGAUGUGGCAGAGAAAAAAUCACAAUUACACCAGAGAACACACACAGGAGAGAAACCUUUUAGCUGUGAUGAAUGUGGGAAGAGUUUUACUAAGCCAAGCAACCUGAUAUCACACCAGAGAACACACACAGGAGAGAAGCCUUACCACUGCUCUGACUGCGGAAAGAGGUUCUCAAGAGCAGAGAACCUAAAAGUACACCAGAGAAGCCAUACAGGAGAGAAACCUUAUAGCUGCUCUGACUGUGGGAAGAGGUUUCUUUUGUCAGGACAUUUAAAAGCGCACCAGAGAAUACAUACAGGAGAGAAACCUUAUAGCUGUGAUCAAUGUGGGAAGAGUUUUACUCAGUCGUGCAACCUGAUAUCACACCAGAGAAUACACACUGGAGAGAAAUAUCACCGCUGCUCUGACUGUGGGAAGAGAUGCACCACUUUAUCAGACCUCAAAAUACAUCAGAGAAUCCACACAGGAGAGAAACCUUAUAGCUGUGAUCAAUGUGGGAAGAGGUUUACUCAGUCAAAGAACCUGAUAUCACACCAGAGAACGCAUACAGGAGAGAAGCCUUACCAUUGCUCUGACUGCGGGAAGAGUUUCCACAGAUCAGAUUCACUAAGAAGACACCAGCGAACACACACAUGUGAGAACUCUCUUAGUGAGAAAUCUCAUAGCUGUGAACAAUGUGACAAGAGAUACUCUGAUAAAAGAUCUCUGAUUAAACAUCAGAAAAUACAUGAAGGAGUUAUUCCAUGAUAUCAAUGAAAUGAUGUCACAAUGUAGAAUGUCUUAACAUUGUAGUCGAAAAAUCCAGGUUCUGAAUUGAAAGAGUUAAACAUAAAGUGUUGCGUUACAUUUACCUCGUUGGUGGCCCACUUGAAUCAAAAUGUAACACUUCAAAAUGUAGCUAGCUGUUUGUUUUCUUCAAGUUAUCCUCUAACCAGGGAUGUACACGUUAUUCACAGAUUCUGUAUGGUUUUUGAGCUGUUAGUUUUAACAGGACGUGCAACCUUUAUUUCCAAGUGAUAUCGAUAUGAGUGAUGACAAAUAAGUGUUCAUUUCUCUUCGUUUUGGGGACCCCUACAUUUAAAUGCAUCACUCCAAAAAUGUAGAUGACUGUCUUCUGCUAGUUGUCUUUAUUCCACUACUGAAGAAGCACGACUCAAAUCACCUCCUAUUUCAAACAUUCAGCCUGACAACAGAUACAUGUUUUAUUAUUCCAUGCCUCACCAUGAAGUGAAUUGUUGCUAAUACCCAUUAACAAAGGGGUGUACAUUUGGUUUUGAUAUUGAAUAUUUCAUAACAUUUUCAAUUCAUGUAACAUUUGCAACCAACUUACAGUUUGUAUAAAUGUUUAUAAAACAAUGUAGUAAAACAAGUUUAUAUUUGUGUUGGAUAUUACAUCCAAUUCUUACUAUUUUAAUGUAAUUUCCUUAGAAUGAUCAUUAGUCUUUCAGUUUUUUUAUUGUUAUUCUUUAGUUUGUUAUCUUUAUGAUUGUUGUGUACUAAAUAUAUCAGUAAUUUUUUUAUUUAAAAAAAAUAUAUAUUAAAUUCCUGUGAAUCCAUUGUGUUGCAUUGUGUCUGAAAUGUGCUGUAUAAAUAAAGCUUGAUCUGAUUUGAACAUA